AUGAGAUCUGAUAUUGAAAGAUUGACUAGCAGUGUCACAAGUGCUGUACUGCAGGUACGUUCUAUUGAUCUGAUCAGGGCCAGUAAAGGACAGAAUCGACAGGAGCAUCACACAGAUGGUUUCUUUAGCAAUCAUCUGAUUGUCCGUAGAGGACAAUGUUUCCAGAUGUCUGUUGAGCUCUCUCGAACCUUUGUUCCAAACAGAGACCAACUUCACCUGGAGCUGAGACUUGGAAAUGUCUUACCAGUACACAAGGACAGUUUUGUGAUUGUACCACUGGUGUCGGAAUUCAGGAAAGAAGCCUGGGAGGCAAAAAUUGUUGAACAGGCAAAAACCACAAUCAGACUGGCGGUUUAUUCCCUUCCAACCUCUUGUAUUGGACGGUACAAACUCAAUGUAGUAACAAACUGCCCAGCGGGAAAGGCCACUUCACCAGACACUCCUGAAAAUGACAUUUACGUGCUGUUCAACCCUUGGUGCAAAGAUGACUCUGUGUGCAUGAAUGAUGAGACGGAGAGAACUGAGUAUGUACUAAAUGAAAUGGGCAAACUCUACUAUGGAACUGAGCAACAGAUUGGUACCAGAACCUGGAAUUUUGGACAGUUUGAUGAAGGAGUCUUGGCUGCGUGUUUCUUUGUGUUGGAGAAGAGUGGCAGCCCUUGCUCAGGAUGGGGAGAUCCUGUUAAUGUAGUCAGAGUGGUAUCUGCCAUGGUUAAUUCCAACGAUGAUCAAGGAGUGCUGAUGGGUAACUGGAAAAAGACCUGUGAGGGGGGAGUUUCUCCUACAGUUUGGAGCGGCAGCAGUGCCAUCUUGAAACAGUACCACGGCAGUGGAGGAGUAACUGUCAAAUAUGGGCAGUGCUGGGUCUUUGCUGGAGUCACCAACACAAUGUUGCGGUGUUUCGGCAUUCCCACUCGUCCAGUCUCAAACUUCAGUUCUGCUCACGACACUGAUGCUUCCUUGACUACAGAUGUUUAUUUAGACGAUAAUUUUGAAGAGAUUAAACACCUUACCCGUGAUUCAGUCUGGAACUACCACGUGUGGAAUGAGGCCUGGAUGACUCGGCCGGACCUGCCAUCUGGUUUCGGAGGUUGGCAGGUUAUUGAUGCGACUCCUCAGGAAACCAGCCAGGGCAUCUUCCGCUGCGGCCCCACCUCUGUUGCUGCGAUCCGCAGCGGACAGGUCUACCUCAAAUAUGACACACCUUUUGUUUUUGCUGAAGUGAACAGCGAUAAAGUCUACUGGCAGCGCAAAAAUAACGGGACCUUCGCUGUGAUUCGGGUUGACAAGAGUGCUGUAGGUCACUCCAUCAGCACGAAAGCUGUCAGCUCAGAUGAACGUGUAGACAUUACGCACCUCUACAAAUAUGCAGAAGUCCAGUCUCUGGAGUGGACGCUGCAGUAUGAGGACUAUAAGGACCAUCUGGUGGGUCAUGGAGCGCUGAUGCUCACGCUCUCUGGACAGGUCACUGAGACUAGACAAACUCUGGCCAAACAGUUCAGCUUCAGGCUGCGCACACCAGACCUCAUUAUCACUCCUGUAUGUGAUGCUGUGCUGGGCAGAGAGCUGAAAGUCAAAAUCAAGUUCCAGAACCCACUGCCCUGUGUGCUGAAGAACGUCAUAUUCCGGAUUGAAGGAUUGGGAAUGCAGCACGUCAAAACCAUUCACUAUGGUGAUAUUGCAGACCAAGCCUCAAAGUGUCUGACAGAGACAGUUGUCCCCAAACGGUCCGGCCCACAGAAGCUUCUAGCAACACUUGACUGUCCUCAGCUCACUCAGGUGCAUGGAGUCGCAAACAUCCUGGUCAAAGAUCACUGA